AGAGAGAACUUUGACUUACUGAUGAAGAUCAAGGACAGUCUAGAGCUGGUGGAGUUCGUACCACAGCAGCUGGUGGACUCCUACAGACAACAGCAGGAGCAGCUGCUCCAGAGACAGAGCCACGUGGCGUCCCCCUCCUCCUAUGGCUCUUCCCUGUCCAACAUGAACAAGCUGCACAGGGUCCACGGGGGGCUAGACAGCAAAAUGCCCUACGUCAACCAGCUAGGACUGGGACACCAGUCCCAGCAGAACCUCCUCCCCAACUCCAGCAUGGGGCACAUGGGUCCCAACAUUCUCAACAGUCACCACAUGCAAACCAACGGUGACAUGAACGGGGGACACGGGGGCGUCCAGUCCAUGGUGUCCACUUCGCACUACACCCCUCCCCCUCCGUAUAACCCUGACCCCAGCCUAGUCAGCUUUCUAAACAAUCUGGGCUGCCAGAGCUGCAUCGACUACUUCACGUCGCAGGGCAUGCAGAGUCGCUACCACCUCCAGACUCUGUCCUUAGAGGACCUGGGUGCUCUGAAGAUCCCCGAGCAGUUCCGCCUGGCCAUUUGGCGGGGACUGCAGGACAUGAAGCAGGGGGGCGGGUUGGGACCUCAACCCCCUUCCCACCAUCACCACAACAACUACGGCCAGCAGCUCCUCCGCUCCAGCAGCAAUGUGGCCAUCGUUCCCGGUGGCGAGCUACAGCGCCAGCGCAUCAUGGAGGCUGUGCACUUCCGCGUGCGCCACACCAUCACCAUCCCAUCCAACCGCCCGGGAGGCGGGCCACAGGCAGUCGCAUCUGCGGCAGAUGAGUGGGCCGACUUCGGCUUUGACAUGCCCGACUGCAAAGUGUCGUGCAGCAACAAGCACUCCGUCAAGGAGGAGUUCAUGGAGAGCGACAUCCGCUGAGAGAGAGAGACAUAGAGGGAGAGAAAGAGAACAGGACUCUUGUGUUCAAUAAGAGAGAGAGGGAGAGAGAGGAAUAGAGGGAGAGUGAUGACUUUUCUGUUCUGACAUUCAUCAGUGCUCUGGUUUGGUGUUGUUUGUUUUUUGUAUAUUACUUUGCAGGGGCUGAGGACAAACAAUAUGUAGCGCCUUUUUUGUGUGUUUUUUUUUGUGGGCCUUUCCAAUGUUUCAUUGCACUCGUGUUCCAUUCAAGAGAUAGAGACUGAGAUGACACUAUUAUAAAACAUUGGAUUCUAUUAGACGAUUUUGUAACUACAUAACAACCAUAUCUGUCUCGGCUGGAACUCUGGACUGUGCUAUUGACAUAAUGGCAUGGUGACGAGCCCAUUGUGCAGCUGAUCAACCAUGAUGUUUCUGGAGACAUUGACGCUUCGAUGUGGUCCUCUGCUACAGACCAAGCAUGCUGACACACAUCUUUAGUUAACUCCACAUUCACACCACAUUUACCUUUAUAUAACUAAGUUAGUACAGUUUACAAACUCAGUUGACAUAGUCACAACUAAGUCAGUACAGAGAGCCUAAAACAAAAAUUCUUACAAUGUCAUCUUUUUGGCUAAAUUCCGUUUCCUUUGAACAAGCCAUCAUAUACCUGUACUCAAUUAGAUCUAAGUGGACUUAUUUAUUGUUUUUGUUUUGUUGUAAAUAUGUACAUAUGUUCUGUAAAAUGUUGUAUUAGAUUUGUCGUCAAAUUAAAAAGGUUAAUGUGUAUUUCGAUUCCUUAAGGUAUAACUGUUAAAAAAGACUGAAGAGUUUCAAUUUAAAAUUAAAAUGUAGUACAUACACGAGUGUAUCAAAACAUGGUCACGAUCAUCGUAUUGUGUUUAUUCUCUAUCACUCCUGAGUCAGAGCAUCGUAGUUACAUAUCGGAAGCACACAUUUAUCUUACAUUUCAAACCCACUAACACUUUGUUUUGAUCGGUGGGCAACUCGUACUAUCUGAGUCUAGUAUCUAUAGUAGUUUAUGUAUUGCAUCUACGAAAUGAUUCUCUCCUGUGUCACAUUGGAUAACUACCCUGAUUGUCGAUACAAUUGUAUGGAAUGACGAACCCACCCUGUACAGUCAAUUGGCCAGGCUAAAUAGAUCAAAGUAGAUGUAUCUGUUGUUUGAAACAAAGCGGUAUCAGUAUUAGAUAGAGCUAUGCAUGUUUAGGAAAGUCACGCUCAGGUA